AUGCUCACUGUGGCGGAGUUUAGGGCGGCCAUCAACGCCACUGCCGACGACAACUUCUGGAAAGAGUUGGUCGCCAACGGCCCUCUGCACCUGGACUGCACGCCCAUCGUGGCUGUCAACGCUCGUGAAGGGUCAAUCCCUCCCACCAUACCCCCCACCGACCCCGACGCUUCCCGUGCGGUUGGCCUCGCCCAUCUCCAGCUGGCCGCGCAGAAGCUCGCUGAGCAGAUCCGCGAUGAUGACCUCGUCGCGUUCCCCGGUCUGAGGGACACCAAGACCACUAUGCCUCGUCCAGUGUAUCUCCGCACCGCUCAGGAUCUGCAGAGCAUUGUGAAUGCACUCCUGGACCUGUUCAGAACCGACUCCUUCGCUACUUUGCCCGACCUCUGGGACAUUCUCAAGGAACAAACCCACGUCUCUGAGGCGAAGAUGGUUGGCCUGCUCAAGAGCCUCGCUGCAGGCGCCGGGCAACCGCUUUGGGCGUUGCGAGUCGUGCGCGAACCCCCCAAGGGUACGAUGGCCGCCACCGAUCUUGUGGCUGUGUUGGCAAGUGGCGAGAGGGUCUCGUUCUCUGCGUCGGCCGGAACCUUGAUUCCUCGCGCCGAGGAGGUCGUCCGUUUUGAGGGAGCUUGCGAGUGGGUGCUCGUGGUGGAGGACAAGGAGCGUCUCCUGGGUUCCGACAUGCUCAACGAGCCGAAGAUGGGAAAAGGCGUGCUUCUCGCCGGAAACAGCCAGCCAGACGCCGGCACCAUCGAACUUCUGCGCGUCAUCGCCGACAAGUUUCCGACUGCUGCCAUCCUCGGUUUCUUCGAUGCCGCCCCUGACGGCGUUCGUUUUGCGAGCGCCUACAAGUACGGCAUCAAGAACAAGAAGUACGCGGCGGACGCGCAAGGCUGCGACCGUUUCGAAUGGAUCGGCCUUUUCAUCGAAGACUGCUACAAGUUGCGAGUUCGUGCCAAAAUGCUCGAGGAGGCCGAUGUUGUCGCAUUCGACAACAUGCUGCGCAAGCCCAACUAUCCUCGAGAGUGGCUUGACCAGAUCGUCCUCAUGCGCAUUGCUGGCUACGCCCGCAUCGAGGAUGGCUACGGCCGUGAUGACUUCAUGGCGUACCUCCACGAGAAGAUCCUGAGGGCCUGUGAGGCGUGA